GAUGCACGUUCGCAGGGUGGCGAAUGGCGUCAUUUCGCGAAGGGAUAUAGCCAAUGCGCACAAAAUUGGCGGUGACGCGGUCACUAGUUUCCUGGCAAGUUGGGGUAACUUCAUAAGGAAGGGGCAGUAGGCUGAUAGAACGGUUAUUAUUUUCAGGAAAAGAGAUAUCGGCACAUCUACGUUGACAACUACAAAGUGAACAUUGGCUAUUUAUAAUAUUUUUUCCAAUUUGUUGCAAGACCUAGCAAUACAAUGGCUGACCAACUGACCGAGGAGCAGAUUGCCGAAUUCAAGGAGGCGUUUUCAUUGUUUGACAAGGAUGGCGAUGGCACCAUCACCACCAAGGAGCUGGGCACUGUCAUGCGCUCUCUGGGGCAGAACCCCACCGAAGCUGAGCUACAGGACAUGAUCAACGAGGUGGAUGCUGAUGGUAACGGCACAAUUGAUUUCCCUGAGUUCCUGACCAUGAUGGCGAGGAAGAUGAAGGACACCGACAGUGAGGAGGAGAUCAGAGAAGCCUUCAGAGUCUUCGACAAGGAUGGCAACGGCUACAUCAGUGCGGCAGAGCUGCGACACGUCAUGACCAACCUUGGGGAGAAGUUAACGGAUGAGGAGGUGGACGAGAUGAUCCGAGAGGCUGACAUUGACGGUGAUGGCCAGGUCAACUACGAGGAGUUUGUGCAGAUGAUGACAGCCAAGUGAAGUGAUGUGUUCUUUCACACGUUUCUCUCCUACAUUGCUUGUCCUACUGAGAUCACUGUCUUCAAGAAAACAAAAUCGAUAAUCAAACCAAAAUGUAAAACUCAAUGAUCCAGUGUACGAAAUAAUUUAAUUGUGGUUAGAAACAUCCAGCUGCUUCUGGGGUAUCUGUUUUUAACAGCAACUGCGGAUUAAUCCUUAGCAGAAGUUAAUGGAAGUUUUAACCUGGGAUCAGACCCUUCAGAGUGAGAUUCUGGUUAGGCUCCCAGGUGUUGACAAAAUUUGAGAGAAGAGCAACAUGGAAGAGGUAGAGAAUCCAUGCCAGAAAGGGCUUUCUUUCCUCAUUGAGGGAAAUGUACUAACCCUAGAGUCUAUUUAUUUUUUUUCACUCUGAAAUUUACUCUAUCAACGCACUCACACCUUGCAGUGCAGAUUUCUAACACUGAAUUCGGUAAUGGACUUCCUGCAUGCUCUUCUGGGACAGUUUCAUGUCAUAACGAGGAUGGUCUAAUCCUCUCUGAGACUGGAUUGUGUGCACACUGGAGGUAUACAGAAAUAUAUAGCUAUAUAUAUAUUUGUAAAAUAAUGUGUCACUAACAGUUGGUGCUAGAAUUGAAGUGGAAGAAGUUGCGUUGUGAGGUUGGGGAGUAUCCAGCAUGGAGGUUCUCAAUAGUAUUUUUGGUUGUUUGGGCGGUCUGCUGUCUGUUGUUCUGAAAGCCGACUUUAAUAUCCCAGGCAUGUUAACCUGGGGAAUAUGUGGAUGUACAGUUCCAGGAUGUUGAGGUGGAUUAAACACAGAGCAUUGAUGUAAAGAUAUUUAAUCUGCUAACAGAUAUUCUGAUACAAAUAUUAAUGUUUUGCUUUUAAAAUGUAUGUUAUUAAACAUUAAUGUGUAAAUGAAACAUUUGGUUAAGAAAUAUAUAUUGGUGUAUUGUAAACUUUGCAUUGCCUGUUGAUCUAGUAUGACUUGUGACAUGUUUUGAAAUGUGCCAUAAUACUCUAAAGCCUCAACCUUAUUCCAAGAUGACUUGUAGUAAAUUAGAAAAACACAAAAUAUCAGCUGUAGACAUACACUACAUACAUAUAUUUGCACUUUGGUGUAAACCGUAUAUAUCCGAAAAUGUUCUGUAAAAUAUAAAGAAUCCAAUUAUUGCUGUCACCACCGCUAGAAUGUUUUUUUGUUUUGUUUUUUUGUCUCUUGCUCCUGUGGAUUGGUCAGAUCCUGAUGUUGUCAAGUGAUCCCAUCUUUAUUUUCUGCUUGCUGUUCCACUGAACAGGGUAUAUAUUCAGAAAUACUGCUUUUUGUCAGAGUGAUAGCAUCCAUAUUGAAAAAAUGUAAAGGGUUCAGAUAGGACAUUAAGGAUUUAUAAAUCGAUUAUUUAGGGUUGAAUAAAAGGAAUGCUUGCAAGAGGUAAUGAUCUCUCGUUUAAAAGAACUUCAGGACACUAAACCUGUUUCUGGCUAGCUUUUACUGGUUAACUUUGAUUCAAAGGUUGGUAAAGACAUGGUUAAGGACUGUUAAACUUUUAAAGGUAGCGUACAUAUUUAGAUGUGAAAUUAAUGUUUUUCCAAAAUAAAUUCAUAACUUUACUGUC